UUAGUCCAAAAGAAUAACAAUUGGGUUCCGCACUCCAUUUUUGUCUCAAAGUACCAAACACACCCCAAAUUUCUUCACCGAUCUCUAUCUCUCUCUCUCCGGAUCUCCUUCUAUCCCCGUCUAGUACUCCACUAUAAAUCAGUGGAAUGAUUUGUAACAAACGUUGAGCCAAGAAUUUGGUUAACUGUUCCUAAUAUCAAAACUGUUUCGACGAAGAAUUUUUAUUUGCAACCAUGUCAGGGUCAGGAGAAAGUGGAGGGAGGAUUCGCCACAGUGGUAGGGCAGCAGUGGUGGUCCUCGGCGACAUUGGACGUAGCCCUCGUAUGCAAUAUCACGCUCUUUCCCUUGCUCGUCAGGCUCAUCUAGAGGUCGACAUUGUUGCAUAUGGUGGUUCGGACCCUCAUUCUGCUUUAAAAGAGCAUAAGUCUGUUCACAUCCAUGAAAUGACACAGUGGCCAUCAAAUCCUAGAAGCUUGCCAAGGAUACUCCGUCCUCUAUUGCUCAUAUUUAAGCCAUUGGUCCAGUUUCUUAUGCUUCUGUGGUACUUGUGUGUUAAAAUUCCGGCACCUGAUGUUUUCAUAGUUCAGAAUCCACCUUCUGUUCCUACACUGGUUGCUGUAAAAUUGGCCAGCUGGAUUAGACGUUCCGCAUUCAUUAUAGAUUGGCAUAACUUCGGAUAUACUCUUCUAGCAUUGUCUCUCGGGAGAAAUAGUCGGUUUGUGGCUUUGUAUCAUUGGAUUGAGAAGCAUUUUGGGAAAGUGGCUAAUGGUUCCUUGUGUGUGACGAAGGCAAUGCAACAUGAAUUGGCUCAAAACUGGGGAAUUAGUGCCACUGUUCUGUAUGAUCAGCCUCCUGAAUUUUUCCGACCUGCUUCUUUGGAGGAGAAGCACAAGUUGUUUUGUAGGAUUGAUAAGAGUCUGAGAACGCCUUACAGCCUUCAAGAUUGUCUUAGCAAUGAGGUACUAACAACAGACAAUGACAAUCCUAAUGUAACUCUAUUUACAACUCAGACUGGCUCAGAUAUUUCCUUGAAGUGGAACAGACCAGCGCUCAUCGUAAGCAGUACGAGCUGGACACCGGAUGAAGAUUUUAGCAUUCUCCUAGAGGCAGCACUAAUGUAUGAUAGAAGGGUUUCUGCAUUACUGAAUGAGGAUGACCUAAAGAGGGAGGAAGUUCUCUGGCAGGAAAUCAAGGGUGGGAAGCAAUACCCUAGGUUAUUAUUUAUAAUUACAGGCAAAGGGCCUGAAAAGGAAAAAUAUGAACAGAAGAUAGCAAAACUCAACCUUAAACGUGUAGCAUUUCGUACUAUGUGGUUGGCGCCAGAGGAUUACCCAUUGCUUCUUGGAUCAGCAGACCUUGGUGUUUGCUUGCAUACUUCCUCUUCGGGUUUGGAUCUUCCAAUGAAGGUUGUGGAUAUGUUUGGCUGUGGAUUACCUGUCUGUGCUGUUUCCUACUCUUGUAUCAACGAGCUGGUCGAAGUUGACAAGAACGGCCUACUCUUCUCUUCAUCAUCGGAACUGGCUGAUCAAUUUUUGAUGCUGUUUAAGGGAUUCCCAGGUGAAAGUGAUGAGUUGAAGUCGCUGAGACAGGGAGUAUUGGCAAGCAGAUCUUCUGUUAAUUGGGCUACAGAAUGGGAAGAAAAUGCCAAACCCUUAAUAUCCAGGGUUAUCUUUGAGAACUCGAGCUGAUUUCAAAGUGAAAAUUUCAGAACUCCAAUGUCUAUUAUCCCGCGUUUCUCAAGGAUUUUGGAAAUUAUACGUUCACAUAGUGUCGGGCUGCACAGAGCAAAAGAGGGUCCCUGCUACCCCACCCCCAUCCCCUCCCAGGCUCCGCAGAGCAACCAAUUUUUGUUGAGCUAUUAGGAUCAUUAGUCACAUAUUUCUAUUUUGGUAUUGUCAGAACUGUAGUUGUAUAGCUGUAGAAGUGGACAUGAUACACUUGAAAAUUCACUUGCCUUUACCUCUC